UGUCUUGCUUUCCCUCUCGAGGUCUCUCGCCUUCCGACGGCCCCAAGCAACCAACUCCAAGCCAAACAAACCUGUUCUUUUCGAUCGCUUCGUUUCGUUUCGUUUCCUUCUUGUUUUUUUGAUUAAAGAUAGGCAAUAAUUUCGCCUAAAUAUUUUGAUAGGGCAAAUCUCCAUCAUACACGUCGAACAAUUGUACUGUUGGAGUUUUUCUUCCCUUCCUAUUGGCUAUUUGGUUAGCUCUUCCUGGGGGCAGGGGAGGGUGCGCCAUUUCUGGCUGGAGCUUGCUGUGUUCUAUGGUCACCUGGCCCUUGCGAUCAGCAGCUCGGCGCUUGGCUGCUGCCGCCGCCGCCGCACGCGCAGCUCCAGCUUCGGUCGCUCACUCGCCACCACCUGCGCCGAUGCCUCCUCAGCCAUGUCCACCUGAAGACGCAGCGCUCCAGCACUUGCGGCGCGCCACCGGACACGACGACGGCGUCCCUGCCGCCGGCGAGCAGCCGCCGUCUCGUCGUCCAAUCCAUCGGAGGGACUUUCCGUGUACCACAAUGGCCUCAAGAGAUCAUUCUGGUUUGACUCGACAGCUUUUAGAUUUUCAACAUGGUACAGUAGAUGAGAUAGAUGGGGAACAUGAUCCAUUCAUGGAGUUGAAAGCAAGGUUCAUGGACUUCAAGCACAGGAAUUGUGUGGAUAAUAUUUCUAACUAUCAAAAUCUUGCUCAGCAGCAAACACCAAAGUUCAUGGUGGUUGCUUGUGCUGAUUCUAGGGUAUGUCCUUCAAGUGUUUUGGGGUUUCAGCCCGGGGAAGCAUUUACUGUCCGUAAUAUAGCAAAUUUGGUACCACCAUAUCAGCAUGGUGCUUCAGAGACUAGCGCUGCACUGGAGUUCGCUGUCAACACACUAGAGGUAGAGAAUGUAUUAGUGGUAGGUCACAGCCGUUGUGGUGGUAUCCAAGCACUAAUGAGUAUGAAAAGUAAGCAAGAUGAUUCGCAAUCUAGAAGCUUUAUCAGAGAUUGGGUGUCAAUUGCAAAGAGUGCAAGGUUAAGUACGGAAGCAGCAGCUGGAAAUUUGAAUUUUGAAUUACAGUGCAAACAUUGUGAAAAGGAAUCAAUUAAUAGCUCACUGUUGAACUUGUUAACAUACCCUUGGAUAGAGAAAAGGGUGAAUGAAGGAACUUUGAGCCUUCAUGGGGGCUAUUACAAUUUUAUUGAUUGCACAUUCGAGAAGUGGAAAUUAGUAUACCGCCAAGGGUUGGAAGGUGGAAGCAAGUAUGCCAUAAAGAAUAGGACUACCUGGUCUUGAUCAAGAGGCAUUGCUUACCUGGGUAAAUUUCACUCUGCCCCCUGCAGUUUAGCAUGGUUUUGCUUUGCCACUGUGCUGUCCAUUUUCAUUGCACUUUGCUCCAUUGUGGUAUUGACAUUCUGCAAGAACGAGUCCCAGUAUCAAGUCACUGUUACGGUGUUGUUGGUACCAUUGAUUAACAUAACACUUGACGGCCAUACUUGGUCAUGUUGUAUGUUAUCAGCUUCACAGAGGUACAUGUGGCACUUUAACAGUUAUUUGAUACAGUGACUAGGCUGCAGUUGAGCGAAACCACAAUGGAGUGAAGUGCAACAGAAAUGAACAUUAUGGCAGCAAAGUGAAAGUUUGUCAAACUGCCGGGGACAAAGUGAAUUUUGUCCAAAUAUCCCUGUAUUAUUUUCUGCUUAGAAGCAUCAUAUUAAUUCAAUAAGCUGCAAACUCAUAUUCAUACCAAAAACAUGUACGAUCUUGCCACAUUUGGCAAAUUAUUGUGUUGUAUCAUUUAUCGUGUAAUUGCAAAAAUAAGAUAGAGCUUUGUAAUCUGGUGUGCCGGGCAGCUGCUGUAUCAAUAUAAUAAUUCUCAAAUAGUUGAAACAAUGUUGUGUUUAAAGUUCAA